AUGUGGUCAGCCAGCGCAUUCUCCCAACUCGUCCUCCUGCUACGAUUGGCAUUGCGAGCCAUCGGCAGUCCCUCCUCGUUGGAUAAUCAUAAGAACACCGGUCCGGAGGAGCCUCGAAUAGUCGAACUACAGCAGCGCGCCCCAGCUCCAGUCUCUACCUGGACUUCGUUCAUCACCAUCACACUUACCACAACUCUCGGCAUCGUACCUACAGUGACGACUUCGACGCCAACCCAUACGCCUAUACCGGUCACCGUUCCAGCACCCACUAUCUCCUCUGGAAAAGUAACACCCAGCAUCCCAGAGAGUUCUGUGACAUUGUCCACGACAGGAGCAACUAGUAUAAGAGACUCAGCAGGAAGCUCGUCUUCCGUCACUAUCAGCCAUUCGAGCACUUCAGCGAUUGCGUCCCAGCCGACGCCGACCGUCACGCUUAUACCAGGCGGCACAACAGUCAAAAGUAUCACAGCCUCCUCGGUAGCCAUACUACCGUCUAAAUCCACUGAAUCGGCCAGGUCGAUUUCAACCUCGAGGACAUUUCCUACAAGCUUUGGAAACACGACGUUUGCCAGCACCACCAUAAUGGCAACAGCCGAGACAACGACUUCCCCGGGUAACAAUGGUGCAACCUCCAUAGCACCUCACGCAGGCACAAAUUAUCGAGGACUGGAUUCUGGUCAAAUUGCUGCCGUCAUCGCUUCGACCAUAGCGUUCGUCGUCUUCAUCCUCCUGGUUGGAUACCUCCUUAGGGACGUCGUCAUACGCCAUCGUCAGAAAGGGGCCGAAAGACGGCAGAACCUUGGUGAAGUAUACAUGGCUCAGCAUCUCCCAGCAGCUGGCUCCCCUGGGAUGUAUACCGUUGGGGCUGAAAGCCGCAGUGCCCACGGCACAGGCAGUUUGCAAGAAAACGAGAUCAGAAUCGUCAUCCAGCCCCUUCCUAAACGCCCCGCCGUCUGGAACAGAGGACUCUGGCCGAGCCCGCCUGGGUACACGGAGAGACAUACAUUCUUUUCUGGUCGCAGUACCACCACCGAGGGCGAGGGUGGAUCAUCGACGGAUCAUGGGCAAUGGAGCUUGGGCACCGAACAGGGCAGUAAUAGCCAAUCUCAAGGGACGCAGAACACCUAA